GUCAGCGACACAUGUAGAACAAGCAGCUAACCGGGAGCGCAGACGAGAGUAGGUAGAGCGCGGACGGCCAGCUUCCACCUCCAUCUCCUCCAUCUUUUCUGGGGAUCGUUGGCGGCAUGCGGAGAGCUCGCGCUACGUCUCGCUGUGGACUCGUUUGGUUUCGACGCGCAGAGAAAGACGCGGUGAAGCGGUGACAGCAGAAGCGGUAAACAUCCAGUGGAAAUACUAUCUGAAAACUCCGAGUCCAUUUGCCGUCUCUCUCUCUCUCUGAUCCACCGGUCCUCGCGCUGGUUCCGCUUGUCGCGCGGAGCUCGAGGCCAGCGCGUGCGCUACUGCGCACCCAGAUUCUCUCCCUUUUUUCUUCUUUUUUUCUGUACCUGAACUUGUUUUUUGGGGACUUAACUGUUCUGUAUCACCAAGUUUGCUGCCGUUUCACUUCAGAGACGCCAACAAGAGACGAUGGUGAAUCCGGGAGGCAACAGCCAGCCGCCAGCGGUGGGCACGGGGUCCCUGUCCUGGAAGCGCUGCGCAGGCUGCGGGGGUAAAAUCGCAGACCGCUUCCUCCUCUACACCAUGGACAGCUACUGGCACAGCCGAUGCCUGAAGUGCUCCUGCUGCCAGGCCCAGCUCGGGGAAAUCGGCACGUCGUGCUACACGAAAAGCGGCAUGAUCCUCUGCAGAAACGACUACAUCAGGUUAUUCGGAAACAGCGGCGCCUGCAGCGCUUGCGGUCAGUCCAUCCCGGCCAGCGAGUUGGUGAUGAGGGCGCAGGGCAACGUCUACCAUCUAAAGUGUUUCACGUGUUCCACCUGCCGGAACCGGCUCGUCCCCGGAGAUCGAUUCCACUACAUCAACGGCAGCCUCUUCUGCGAACAAGACAGACCAACGGCGCUCAUCAACGGACACUUAAGCUCCCUGCAGACGAACCCGCUAAUGCCCGACCAGAAGGUGUGUUAGGGGGGGAGCUGUGUGCAGGAAGCAGGAUUUGUGCCUUCAUUUUACUCAUCGUCACCUGAGACGGCGUGGAUCAGCAGCACCCCAGCCUCUUAGCUCUGCUCCCUUUCGCCCCUAAAGGAAAUCCUCCACCCAUCUAACCAGAAACCCCCGAUUCUCAUCUCUGCAAACCCCACACCCAACCCCCCCAGCCUUUAAAACCUCGGCUUUUACCCCCAAACCUGGGAGGAUAUUUUGCACUUAUUGCUGAGAAGAGACGCGUGGGACGCUUUGGAGUUUAAACACUGAUCACAAUCAGAGCGGGGGGGGGGGGGGGACUCCUGCCGCCGAGAAAAUGAAACUCGCUGAGAAGGACGUCGUGACUGAGGAAAGACAAAAAGAGUUGCAGACUUUUCAAUGCUGCACAUUUGUUUAAAGACAAUUUUUUGGGGGAAAAGCGGGAACUUUUCUUUCUUUCCUCUCUUCCUUUUCUAUCCUCAUUUCCCACAAACAUGGUGAUUUCACUUUCUAUAUUUUAAGUGUCGUCAAAGGAGAAUCGUCUUCUCUUUCUGCUUUUCCUUUUGAUUCAUAUAUAUAUAUAUAAAUGUAUAUAUGAACGGAGUAAAAAAAAAAAAAGCUAUCUGUGGCAUUUUGUGGAAAAACGAAUCAUGAACACUUGUGGUGUAUUUGUAAAGCUACCAUAUAUGUACAGUAUGCAUGUAAAUGUUGUCGUCCAGGCGUGGCUACAGUACAUCCCCCCCCCCCCCCGCCCCCUGCAUCCAGCUCCUCCCCUUCCAACUGUGGCAACCUGAAGAAAUCUGCUCAUAGUCAGUAAUGUAGAUAUCAUUCCCAACGUUCAAAUGCUGAAUGAGAGAGAAAUUUAUUUGGGAUAUUUUUCCGAGACAUUUGCUCCCGUAUGGUGUAUUUAAUUAAUAAAAGUAUUGGAAGAUUUUAAA